AUGUCCGCACCCCGCGUCACUUCGGGGGGAGGCGGGUCUCUCGCGGGGACACAAAUGGCCGAUGAGGAGGCGGAGCGUUUGGCUUUGACGGAGAAGUCCGCCUGCGCAGGCGGAGGGACAUCGGCGGAAGGCGAGAGGAGCGGCGGAAGCCCCCCGGGGAGGACGCGGCUGCUGGUGACGGGGUCGAUAGCGGUGUCGCUGCUGCUGUGUGCGUUGAUUGCCCGGUUAGCAAGGCUGCCUGUCUGGUGGUAUACCACACGCGUGUAUCGUGCGCCGCUGCCAUUUGCCGACAUCAGCAGCUUCACGCAUGACGUCACUGCGCACCCCAUAUCCCUGCCCAUCCACGUUGACGUUAUUUUCCUGCUCAAAUCUCCGCCGUUCAAGCAGCAACCAGAGGAGCAGCAGCAGCAGCAGCAGCAGCAGCAGCAGCAGCAAGAACCAUCUUCCCCUCUAUUCCCCACGUCUCAACUACAGGACACAGCCGAGGCGUCUCUCUCUGCCCUCUGCUCCCCUCACGCGUACCCCUAUGGCCAUAGCUAUAUCCCCGAUUCAGCAAACGGCGCUGCAUUGUGUGGCAGCAAGCAAGCGAGGUCUAUUACCCUGUGGGCUGUCCGCGGCGCUGCCUGCCAAUCAGCUCUCACCACAUCAGCAGCAGCAGCUGAACCGCCAGCAGCAUCGCCAGGGCAAGACUGGCCUUGCCGCAUAGACUGGGCACAGGUGGUGGAUGCGGAAGUACAGCUCAGCGAAUCAGAGUUUGACACGUGGCUGGAUGGUCAAAUCCAGAGCGCGUUGUCGCGCUCUAAUCUCUCAGAAUCCGCAUCUCCUCCCCCGAAUCCUUCCUGGGACCCUGUGAUUCGGACUCAAAAGUGGGGUGGUCGCUAUGUGCUGCUGCUGGUGGAAGGACGAGACGAGAGUCAGGGGGGGCGGCAGAAGGAUGGGGAGAGUGGGAGUGAGAUGGGGAAGGGGAGGGAAUCGCCUGUAUGUGCGUCAGAAUGGGGAGAGGUGGUGGUGGGAAAGCACAGACACGCAUGGAUGUACUUCCCGCCUUCCUCUUCCUCCUCCCCUUCCUCCUCCUCUUCCUCCUCCUCUUCGUCUCCCCGUCAAGACCACACAGGCUUCCCUCUGCUGCUCGCACCAAUGGCAGUGCAAUCUCUGGCGUCGCUGCUUGUGCCUCCUUCACACAUGGCUGUCGAUACACUACCACCAAGCAAUGUCAGCAGCAGCGGCAGCGGCGGUGGCGGCGGCGGCGGCAGAGCGGAGUUGCCAAUAGGGCCGGACAGUGCAGUGAGUGUGUCGUGGAGCUUGCUCAACGCCGACCCACACCAGUGGGCCUUCCAAUGGAACUUUCCAUCACUGCGGGCGUCUCUCCUGCGUUCCCUGCAAGCCGCGUUCAGCCCUCUGCUCACUCUCCACUUCCACAGCCAGGUCCUCUACUUUGCCCCAAUGGCAGCAGCGGCGAGGUGGAACGAGCAUGCGAGGGUGCAUGAGGUGCAGGCGUCCGAUCUGCCAUUCGUGCUCAAUGCCGACACAUGGCAUCUGCAUGCAUCGCUGCCACUCAUGGCUCAUGGCCGAUCCAAGCUGCUGCAUGUCGUUGUCUACAUUCCCUCUCGCACCACCUGUCCCCUAACCAUAGCCACACACGCGCCCAGCAACAACGGCAAGCACCAUUCACCAUCAGUGCCUCCAUCUGGGUUCAUAUCCCCUGGUUGGGGCUCUGUUAUCCUCUUCAACCCUCUCAACUGCUCCGCUCUCUCCUCCUCUUCCUCCUCCUCCUCCUCCUCCUCCUCCUCCUCCUCCUCCUCCUCCUCCUCCUCCUCCUCCUCCUCCUCCUCCUCGACUUCUGACACCCCAUCAUUUGCCUCCCCUCACGUCCUCUCUCCCUCCUCCUUCACUCCUGUCCUCGCCCUUGCGAUAGCCCAACUGAGGUCUCUCUUUGGCCUGUCUGCCACUCCACCUGCACUCUGCCCCACUUCGCCUGCUUCCCCGCAUAGUGGCAGCAGCAGCAGUGGCAGCAGUGGCAGCAGGGGAAGCAGUUGGGGAAGCAAAGGAGCAGUGGGCGCACGCAGUUUAUCAGCAGGGCUGAGGGGAGUGGCGGAGUGGGAGGUAGACUCGUUGCUGCGACAACGGCUCCCGGCAGAUGAAGCAACCAUUGCAGCAUCUCUAUCAUCCGUUGCCGCCCUCGUGCAAUCACUACCGUCCAUGGUUGUGCGCGAUGACAUCAGCGAGUUUGUAUUCUCUGCGCUGUCCUCUGCACGAGCGGCAAGAGAAGCAGCUAGAGAGGGGAGAUAUGACGAAGCGCAGGCAGCACUGAGGAGGGCGAAACUGGCAGCUGAUGCUGCUCUAUUUCACCCAAGCAUGGAGGCUGGAAUCUUCUACCCGCUAGAGCAUCACCUUGCAAUUUACUCUCCCCUUUUUUUCCCAGUGGGUAUACAUGCAGCAGUGGCCUUUAUUCGCGAAUUUCGGCGCUUUCUACAACGCAAACGGAUGGUUAAGGUGGGAUAA